CAUCACUGCCUCUGCAGCUCACAGUCCGCACGGUGGAUUCUCUCAGACGGCAGCACUGAAGUUUAGAGACAAAAAAAGCGACCAUGAACUCUCUGAACCAGCAAUACGAGGAGAAGGUUCGUCCCUGCAUCGACCUGAUCGACUCUCUCCGCUCUCUGGGUGUGGAGAAGGACCUGGCGCUGCCGGCCAUCGCCGUGAUUGGGGACCAGAGCUCGGGGAAGAGCUCGGUGCUGGAGGCGCUGUCAGGGGUGGCGCUGCCCAGAGGGAGCGGUAUUGUGACAAGAUGUCCUUUGGAACUGAAAAUGAAGAAAAUUACUAAAGGCCAGAAGUGGAAUGGAAAGAUUCAUUACCGUGACUUUGCAGAAGAAAUUCAAGAACCUGCAAAUGUGGAGCAAAAUAUCUGUCAAGCUCAAGACAAAAUGGCUGGAGUUGGGGUAGGGAUCAGCGAUGAGCUCAUCAGUCUAGAAAUCGCAUCCCCCAACGUUCCAGACCUGACCCUUAUUGACCUGCCCGGCAUCACCAGAGUGGCUGUGAAGGGACAGCCAGCAAACAUUGGUGAACAAAUAAAGAAACUGAUCUGGAAAUUUAUUGGAAAACAAGAAACCAUUAACUUGGUGGUGGUUCCAUGCAAUGUGGACAUAGCAACAACAGAAGCUUUGAAAAUGGCACAAGAGGUUGAUCCAGAAGGAGAAAGGACUCUUGGUAUUCUGACCAAACCUGAUCUAGUGGACAAAGGCACAGAGGAGACUGUUGUUGACAUUAUCAACAACAAGGCUAUCCCCCUUAAAAAGGGCUACAUGAUAGUGAGGUGCAGGGGUCAGAAAGAGAUCACAAAGAAGGUUUCUCUCACCACAGCUCUGGAAAAAGAAAGAAACUUCUUUCAGGAGCAUUCACAUUUCCAGACUUUGUACUAUGAUGGCCACGCCUCUGUUCCCAAACUUGCAGAAAAGCUGACCUUGGAACUGGUUCAUCACAUCCAGAAAUCACUGCCUCAUCUGGAGGAGCAGAUAGAGACGAAACUCAAACAGACUCAGUCAAAGUUAGACAACCUAGGUUGCGGGCCCCCAUCUGAGCCCUCAGAGAAACUCGGCUUUCUCAUCGAUAAAGUGACUUCAUUCACACAGGAUGCAGUAUAUCUUUCCAAAGGGGAGGAUUUAAGAUGCGGAUACAAGUCCAAGAUCUUCUCUGUACUCAGACAAAGAUUUGCCAGUUGGAACCUUCUCAUCGAAGACUCAGGAACAACAUUUAGCUGGAAUAUUGAAAAAGAAGUGGCCCAGUAUGACCGCAAGUACCGAGGUAAAGAACUGCCAGGCUUCAUUAACUACAAGACCUUUGAGGCCAUGGUGCAGGAGCAGGUCAAACAGCUGGAGGAGCCUGCUGUGCUGAAGCUCAAGGAGGUGUCCGAACUUGCAAAGAAAGAAUUCUUUGCCUUGAUUCAGAGGAGUUUAGUUGGACUACCUAAUCUUAUGAGGGCAGCUAAGUUGAAGACUGAAGCCAUCACAAAUGAGAAGGAAGCGCUUGCUGAGUCCAUGCUGAGGACACAGUUCAAGAUGGAAAUGAUUGUUUAUACCCAAGACUGCAGAUACAGCAAGAAGCUAGGGAAGAGAAAGAAGAGUGAAGUCAACUUUCCCAACAACACCAGUGACAUUGGGGCCAGCCUAAAAGAGAUGGCUAAACAUCUGAAAUCCUAUUAUCAAAUUGCCGGCCAGCGUCUGGCUGACCAAGUCCCUUUGGUGAUCCACUACCAGAUGCUGCAGGAGUUUGCCAUCCAGCUGCAGAGAGAAAUGCUGCAGAUGCUUCAAGACAAGAAGAAAAUGGAGUCCCUGCUUCAAGAGGACCAUACCAUAAAAGAGAACCGGGUCCACCUUCACAACUGCAUUAAACGCCUGUCAAAGGCACGCAUGCUACUGAGUGAAUUCAGUAUGAGCAUGUAUGACUUCACCCCAAUGCAAGUUUAAAACUAGAAAUCUACUAAGAAAUCUUUUUUUUUCAAUAGUUAUAUUAUCUUGAGGACUCUAUGUUGCUUCUCUUGAAGUUUGUUCAAAAGUCUGUUGUAACUGAAAAAAAUUAAAUCCAAGAUGGCUGCAAGACAGUCACAAAAUUUGAAAUAAAUCCUUUUACUUCUGAAAAUCCUCAGAUCUUAAAAAAUAUAGAUGAUAUAUUUUGUAGACUCUCAAGUGGGGUAAAGAACAGAGAAGCCUGUGGAGGAAAUUCCAUCAAGGCUUUGCCUUUUUAAGCUGAGAGGAGAAUCACCUAAAAGUGAAUAUUUGGGGAUGACAUUCUAUAAUUUGUUUACAUGUCAGUUCCGUGUAGAUCUCAUUUCACAAAUUACAGGAAAGCUGAAAGUUAUUUUUCCUUUCUUUAGAUGUCGGUGAAGGUUCUCAUUCAUCCAGGUUACGUUGUCUUGCUCCACAGCAUUUUGACUUCUUGCUUGAAGAGUAUUUUUAAGAUGAUUAAAACAGUGAAAAGAAAGACAGAGGCUUUCAUAUUUCCAUGUCAUAUAUCAGAGGGUUCAUUAGGAAAAUGAAAAUAUUUAGAGACCACAGGGAAGAAGAGUUGGCUGUUGUGGAGCCAGAUGUAGCAAGAUCAUUGAGGAUGAAGUGAGGAAGACAUUGAAGAGGAAGAAGAUGGAAAGGCAGAUGGGCCUCACAACGUACCUGUGGAGGUGUUUAUAUGAGAGGUGGCAUUAGAGUGAAAAAAAAUAUAUAAACAUAUCUGAGAGGUUUAAAGGUUAUGUAAAUAGGCAUGAAAAAUAAUACAAAUGUAUGCAUCUCAGUUUGAAUAAAUUUUGCGAAUAAAAAAUAUCCUCUAAUUUCCUGAUAUUUUUUAAAACAAGUCCUGCAAAUAUGUAUGGAAUUAAACUAGGAUGCACAAUAUUUGAUUUUUGCUGGUGUCUUUAUGUUGGCUAAUUCUAAUAAACCUCUUUCUAUUAACUAUUUAAAACUAUUUUGUCCAAGUACAAAGAUAAAAAAAAA